GGCCUGGGAGGAGGAUUGCUCACCGGCGCGGGGUCUGAACCGGUAGAUCGGGAGGUGGUGGCGAGUGGGCGUCGGGACACGCGGCCGACGCCAUGCCGUUCCUGCACGGCUUCCGCAGGAUCAUCUUCGAGUACCAGCCCCUGGUGGACGCUAUCCUGGGCGCCCUGGGCAUCCAGGAUCUGGAGCGGCAGGAGCACCUGGACGAUUACGCUUCCAGCGAGGAGAGCCGGAUCCUGGUUCUUACUGAGCUGCUGGAGCAGAAGGCUCACUCUCCAUUCUACCAGGAAGGUGUGAGCAAUGCUUUGCUCAAGAUGGCUGAGCUGGGCCUGACCCGGGCAGCCGCUGUCCUUCUGCAGAGUGGAGCCAACCUCAACUUUGAAGACCCUGUUACCUACUACACAGCCCUGCACAUCGCUGUCCUGAGAAACCAGCCUGACAUGGUAGAGCUGCUGGUGCGCCAUGGGGCUGACAUCAACAGGCGGGACCGGAUCCAUGAAAGCAGCCCCUUAGAUCUGGCCAGUGAGGAACCGGAACGCCUGCCCUGCCUGCAGCGCCUCCUGGAUCUUGGAGCAGAUGUCAAUGCAGCCGACAAGAACGGGAAGACAGCGCUGUUGCAUGCUCUGGCCAGCAGCGACGGAGUGCAGAUCCACAACACAGACAACAUCCGGCUCCUCCUGGAGGGAGGGGCAGAUGUCAAGGCCACCACCAAAGAUGGGGACACUGUAUUCACAUGCAUCAUCUUCCUGCUUGGCGAGACCGUCUGUGGGGACAAGGAGGAGGCCCCAAUGAUCAACCGCUUCUGCUUCCAAGUCACACAGCUUUUGCUGGCCCAUGGUGCUGACCCCAGUGAGUGCCCGGCCCACGAGUCCCUCACACACAUUUGCCUCCAGAGCUUCAAGCUGCACUUCCCGCUCCUGCGCUUCCUGCUGGAGUCGGGGGCAGCCUACAACUGCUCCCUGCAUGGAGCAUCCUGCUGGUCUGGCUUCAGCCUCAUUUUUGAGAGGCUCUGCUCGCACCCAGGCUGUGCCGAGGAUGACAGCCAUGUUGAGCUUCUGCAUAAGGCUGAGGCUGUGCUGGACCUCAUGGUAACUAGCUCCCAGAGGCUGCAGCUGCCUGAGAACUUCACUAUCCACCCAGUGGGUAGCUUGGCAGGAAAGAUCCAGGCCCUUCAUGCUUCCCUGAGGCAGCUUGAGAGCUACCCGCCACCUCUCAAACACCUGUGCCGGGUGUCCAUCCGGCUGUACCUUCGACCAUGGCCUGUGGACACCAAGGUCAAAGCGCUGCCCUUGCCUGAUAGGCUCAAGUGGUACCUGCUGAGUGCACACAGUGGGACAGAAGACACUUGCUGAUGUACCCCAGGAUGGAAUGAUCUGGGGUAGCUGGAGCCAACCUGAGGGUAGACCUAGUACCUGUGACGGCCUUUUACUGCUAUGAAACCACUAGGGUGGUGUCCUGGAGGCCAAAGGCAUGGCUGCCUCCAGGGAAAUUCCCAAAUCCCUCUCAGUAUUUCACAAUUUGAGGGGCCAGUGCAAACAGGAUGCUACUGCCCUCUAUAUUAGGAGCUGACCAGGCCAUUUGCAGGGAACUAGGGGCCAGGCCCCUCAGAACCCCAGCAGCUGUGGUUGGUCCCAUGGGGGAGGCAUAUGCCUGGGUUUUUUCCAGGGCCAGUGCCAAAUAUCCUGAGCCAUCUAUUUAGGCCCUACCUAGUCUGCUGCCUCGGGUCUCACUAUGCCUUUGAGGAGCUGGAGACAGAACUGAGACCACCACAGGCUAGUCUUCUGGGUCUGCCCAAUCCUGUGGUUGGUGGUAGCUCUGCUCAUGCCACACCCAGGUCUCGGGGAUGGUGCCUUCUGUUUAAAGGCAUCACAAGCACAGCAGGAUUUGAGGGGUUCCCCAGACGACACGGCUGGGGCCAGAAGCUGGCUCUACUCUAGUGUCCGCCCUUACAAGACCUUCCCAGUCAGCUUGGCUUUUGGGUUGUAUGAAUGCCUUUGGGAAUGAGCAGAGAUGAUUAAAUAUAUUUAUAAUGUUAAA